GCCGCACAAAGAUGUUCUAUUUAGUAUCUUUCAUUCUUUUCUCAUUCAGUAACCUUGCUAUGCAUAGUUUUGGUGGUAUAUUUUUAACCAUUAUUCAUACAAGAUAUAUGAAUAAAGAAGAACAACUUUCAAAGAUUAAAAAGCUCUUCCAAAAGCUUCAGUUUCUUGAGCUUUCACAAGAAUUUUGUUUUCUUCGUUGGUGUUACGCGCUUGAGUCUGUCGAUUUAGUUUUGAUAUGAUGCCCUUGUGUUGUCAUCAUUGCUGUCGAAUGAAACCAUUUGGGACGUGACUACCGUACUGCCCAUAAAGCUAGUAGAUUACCUCUCGGCACUGAUUUGAACAGCAAAGGGAUGGCCAUGACAUUAAGUCUAGACAGAAAUCAAACUAUUACAUCGGGAUAUGACUUAAACAAAAAUUAAAUCGACUCAUUGUAUUAAUAAGUCAUUCAAACAUGUUUAAAUGCUAAGAUUAUUCAAGUAUUUCAUAGGCUUGCCAACGACAGAAAACGUGUAUAAAGAAUGUUUAUACUUCCAAAUGAAAUUUGCAAUGACGGAAGAAGAUGGCUUUCUUCGAGUUAUACAGUAUUUCCAAAAAUU